AUGAUUAUUUGCCAAUUUUGCCGUCGAAAUGUCCUGGAAUCGCAAAAGACCUGGGACUACCACCAUGUCAACAUGGCCGCGCUCAAGGUGUCAGCAGAAUCAGGCUGCGUCUUCUGCAAAAGACUUGCUCCCUUUGUCAAGACCGUCCAUGGAGGAAUCCAAAAGGAGACUAAAGCGCUCUACCGAUGGACUAUGCGCGAAGUACCUCAUAUUCGAGAAACUAAAAGCAAUGUCUCAAUCACAUUCCGUCCAGUACCUGAUGAGCAGGGCGAGAAGGAGAGCACCAGAGACCUCCCGGAAGUCAGAUUUUAUGUAUUCCACGAAGAAGACCUGGGAUAUAUUCCUAACGAAGAAGCACUUGGUCCGGGGACAAAUUCUGAAGCAUCCAUCAACCUAAUGAAGAGCUGGUUGAACCAUUGCAAAAACAACCACCCAAGAUGCAAGUCACACCACACAAGGCACGGUUUCAUGCCAACUCGAGUUCUAGACGUCGGUGUUCAAGGCGACCAUUUGCCGCCGACACAUAUCCGCGUGGUCGAAACAAAGAAGAAUCACAUAAAUGAGCCAUACAUGACGCUAAGUCACUGUUGGGGCAAAAAGAGCUUCGUGCAGCUUACGAACGAUAACUUUGAUGAUUUUACUAACCGUGGCAUCCCGUGGAAGAACGAUGCUCUUGGAAAUGACAUCUGUAGCAACAAGAAUUUCGAAGAAGCGAUUAUCGUUACGCGAAACCUCGGGAUUCGAUACAUUUGGAUUGAUUCCGUUUGCAUCAUCCAAAACCAGCCAGACAAAGCAGAUUGGGAGGCCGAGGCAGGGCUUAUGCACAAGGUAUAUCGUAACUCGUACUGCAAUCUUGCGGCUACUGUUUCGGAGGAUUGUUCAGGCGGACUGUUCCGAGAGCGAAACCUUGACGUGCUGCCAGCUCAAUACGUCCCCGAUGGCGCAUCUCACAGAUUCAGAGAGCGAAACAGGCGAAUCCUCUCCUCCGACCUCUGGGACAAGGACCUUCUCGGCAGCCAUCUCUACGGCCGCGGGUGGGUCUUUCAAGAACGGAUGCUUUCUCCCCGCCUCUUGCAGUUCGCUCAGGGCCAGAUAUUUUGGGACUGUGCCACUACCUCUGCCUGUGAAGCCCUCCCCGCCGGUCUUCCGCCAUCUCUCGAUGUGACAGCCGGGAUGGAUCGUAGUUGGCGCCAACGUCUUCAAAGUGCCGAUAGAACCGUGCUCUCGCGAAUCAAAUCAUCCAAGGGAUCUCCCGAAAAGUUUUGGGAGAGCUCCGUCCUGGCAUACACCAGCUGCAAGCUCACCAAACACGACGACAAAGACGCAGCCAUGUGGGGUAUAUCCAAGCUUGUACGCGACAUGCAAGGUGAAGAGUACGCCUACGGGCUUUGGGCAACCUGGCUCGAGGAACAGCUCGCGUGGCGGGUGGCAGACCGACCAGCGGCGAAGUAUCCAGAAAUCGAUGGGAAGGAAUUCCCGUCUUGGUCGUGGAUGUGUUUGGAUGUGCCGAUUCAGGUCGCUCCAAGAUUGGAGGACAAUACGCGAUUUUAUGCAGUGACGAAUCACGAGGGAGGUCCGAUCGCGUUUAAAUUUGAGAGAAUGCUCCAUGGGGAAAUGGAUACUGGAGAUCCUCCAAACCCGCAUGAUACUCCUGAGAUUAAGACGAAUAAACCGAGUGACGUUGAGAAGGAGUAUGCAGAGACUUGGCAAUCUAAGACUGGUCCAAAUGUUGGUAUACCAAAACCGGACGAGCGCUCCAAGCUGCUGUCUGAGGAGAUCGAAAUCCUGGGACACAUAUGUGGGGGCACGCUUCGAUACACUUCCCUCGAGAAGCGUUGGUUCAUAGAUAUUGAUGGAGUACGGGAGCAGGCCGUUGUUGAGGCGUACCCGGAUCUUCAACCAGGAGAAGGUGACGCAAUAUGCCAGUUUCUAGUACUUGCGGCGUCGAGAAUCUUUCGAGAUAGGCAUGGGCAAGAAUUUUAUGACCUGGAUCAGAUCGAACAGAGCAAAGCGGAGGUCGAGGAGAUGCAGUACUCAGGAGUAGGGAUUCUGGUCCAAUGGGAAAACAAAAAGGAGAAGCGUCUAAGGAGGGUUGGUGCUGUGACAUUUCGGCAGUUGAAUUGGGAUGACUGGGCUUCCUUCCGGCGGGCUUGUGGGGAAGACCAAGAAGCGCUGCAAUAUGAAUUGGAUGUUGAGGAUGGACAAUCCGUCUGGCUUGCUUGA